UUUCUCGUGCCAGUGGGCGUGUUCUCGUCCAGCUAACGGGACUGGGUGAGGCACUCAGGUUUUAACUUUUGCUGGAGUUGCGCUAGUUCUACGAUAAAACCACGAAAACUCCCAAGACCAAAUGGACCGACUGUGAUUUUACGGACGCCACAGCUCACGUGCAGUUUGCUUAUAUAGUUAAAGUUAGACAUGAAACUUUAGGGACGUUUUGGUCUGACUCGUCAUUUAUUUAACUAGUUAAAGGAAAAAGAAAAACAAUGAGUGACAAUUCGGAGCUGUCCAGUCUCAAGGGCGCAGAGAGUCCGGGGGUCAGCGGUCCAGAGGAGAAAACACCGAUGAUCGUCGUGAGAGCAGAACCUACCAAGCCCAGGGGGAUCAGCGCUGUCGCGGUGCUCUGGACCUUCGGUAAAUGUCUCGGAGCCCUGCUGCCCGUCUACCUGGCCGGGUACUACCGGGUAAGCACCAGCCUGCUGGUGUGCGGGAUGAUGGUGUACACGGGAUGGAAACAUGCCCGGGAGGCCAAGGAGGAGCGCCUGAGGUCAGCUAUGCAGCUGCUGGACAACGAGGAGGAGUGCGCGUACACGAACGUGUCCAAAAUCAAGCGAGACCUUCCUGCAUGGGUGAAUUUCCCAGAUGUGGAGAAGGUCGAAUGGUUGAAUAAGGUGCUGCAGCAGGUGUGGCCCUUUGUAGGCCAGUACAUGGAGAGGCUGCUGGUAGAGACCAUCGCUCCAUCCCUCCGAGCUUCAAGCAGCCACCUCCAAACGCUCAGCUUCACCAAGGUGAACAUGGGAGACAAGGCCAUGAAGGUGGUGGGGAUCAAGGCCCACACUGAGAAUGACAAGGGACAAGUUCUGCUUGACCUGUACAUCAGCUAUGUGGGGAACGUGGAGAUCAACGUGGAGGUGAAGAGAUACUUCUGCAAAGCUGGAGUCAAAGGAAUACAGCUCCACGGGAUGAUGCGUGUGAUUCUGGAGCCUCUGAUAGGCGACGUGCCCAUUGUUGGAGCGGUCACCAUGUUUUUCAUCCGUCGGCCGAAACUCGACAUCAAUUGGACUGGACUGACUAAUUUAUUGGACAUACCUGGACUAAACGUCAUGUCCGACAGCAUGAUCAUGGACGCCAUUGCUUCCUUCCUGGUUCUGCCCAACCGUCUGGUCGUCCCUCUGGUCCCUGGUUUGCGUGUGGCUCACCUGCGCUGUCCUUUGCCCAGGGGUGUGGUGCGCAUCCAUCUGCUGGAGGCCCAGGGUCUGGCAGCUAAAGACAACUAUGUGAAAGGGGUCAUGGCUGGCCUCUCUGACCCUUAUGCUAUUUUAAGAGUGGGACCUCAGACCUUCACCUCCAAACACAUAGACAACACCGACGCCCCCAAGUGGGAAGAGGUGUACGAGGUGAUUGUCCAUGAAGUGCCGGGUCAGGAGUUGGAGGUGGAGGUUUAUGACAAAGACACGGACAAGGAUGAUUUCCUGGGCAGGACCAAACUGGAUUUGGGCAUCGUGAAGAAAUCCAUAAUUGUUGAUGAAUGGUUCACCUUAAAAGACACUCCAACCGGACGGGUCCACUUCAAGCUGGAGUGGUUGGCCCUGCUGCCGAACACCGAGCGGCUGGAGCAGGUCCUGAAGAGAAACGAGGGCAUCACCAGCAAGGCCUCCACCCCCCCGUCCUCCGCUAUCUUGGUCGUGUAUCUCGACAAAGCCGAGGCACUUCCCAUGAAGAAGGGAAACAAAGAGCCCAAUCCCCUGGUGCAGAUAUCUGUGCAUGACAUCACGAGAGACAGCAAGACUUGUUACACAACCGUUAACCCAGAGUGGGAGGAAGCUUUCACUUUCUUUGUCCAAGAUCCUCACAAACAGGACAUAAAAAUCCAGGUGAAGGAUGCAGAUCGUGUGCAGACACUGGGCAGUCUGACCAUCCCUUUGUCCCGCAUGCUGGGAAAUGCCAACCUCUCUCUAGACCAGUGGUUCCAGUUGGAAAAUUCUGGAUCAGCCAGUCGCAUCUAUGUGAACACAGUUCUCAGGGUUUUGUGGUUGGAUGAGGACCGUGUUCAGUCCGAUGUGUCGUCAAAUUUAGCAGCUGGACUCUCCAAACAGCUGGUCCACCAGACCUCCCCUCAUUCCAGCUUUGCUACAGAGGGUCUGCUCAGAAUCCACCUACUGGCCGGCCAGAAUCUGGUUCCGAAGGACAACAUGAUGGGCGGCAUGGUGAAGGGAAAGAGCGAUCCCUAUGUCAAGAUCAACAUUGGUGGGGAAACUUUCACAAGCCAAGUCAUCAAGGGGAAUCUUAAUCCCACCUGGAAUGAGAUGUACGAGGUGGUUCUAACGCAGCUCCCAGGCCAGGACCUGCACCUGGAGGUGUUCGAUAAGGACAUGGACAUGAAGGAUGACUUCAUGGGCAGGCUGAAGAUCAGUCUGAAGGACAUCAUUACCUCUCAGUACAUCGACCAGUGGUACAACCUGAGUGAUGUGAAGUCUGGUCGGGUCCACCUGGUCCUGGACUGGGUUCCAACAUCCUCCGAGUCAGACGGACUGGAUCAGGUUCUUCAGUUCUACUCCAGACAGUCGUAUCAGAACAAGGCAGUGUCCUCAGCAGCUCUGCUGUUUGUGUAUGUGGAACAAGCAGACGGCUUACCUGUAAAAAAAAGCGGAAAGGAUCCUAAAGUGGGCGCAGAGAUAAAACUUGGAGACGUUUCGCGUAAAACUACAGUGUGUGAUCGUACGACGUCGCCCUCGUGGAACGAGGCCUUCUGCUUCCGUGUUCGUGACCCAAGGAAGGAAAUUCUGUCUGUGAAGCUCUCCCACAGCUGGACCCUACCUAUUGGCUCUCUGAUGGUUCCUAUCAGAGAACUGCUGUCUGAACCAGAGCUGGUCCUGGAUCAGUGGUUCCAUCUGGAUGGAGCCUCACCUGAGAGUCAGAUCCUACUGAGAGCUGAGCUAAAGAUGCUGAUUCCCACCAAAUGUCCUGGUUCUACUGAAAAGACCAAAGUCCCCACAGCAUCAGACCCAGUUCCAGCCAGGCCCAAACAGGAGAAAGACACAGUACUCAGGUCAAGUUCAGUGGACACUCCUCGUGUUGAGACAAUCACCUCCUCUGUGACUGUGGAUGAAGAGGUUAAUGUAAAGGAAACUGCAGCUGAUGUAGAUGAAGAGAAGGUGGAGGAGUCGUUAAGCUCUGCUUUACCACAACCUCCUCACACGUCCCCUGACAUCACCUUUGCUAGUGAGGGAUUGUUGAGAAUGGUCUUGUUGGAGGCCCAGAGUCUGGUUGCUAAAGAUAACAUCAUGGGAGGCUUGAAGAAGGGCAAGAGUGACCCCUACGCUAAGAUCAGCAUGGGAGAGGUUGUGUUUAAGAGCGCGGUGGUCCAGGAGAAUCUCAACCCGGUGUGGAACGAGCUGUAUGAGGUGGUGCUGCGGCCUCAGGCAGGCCAGGAGGUGCAGGUGGAGCUGUUCGAUAAAGACAUGGACAAAGAUGAUUUCCUGGGCAGGUUCAAAAUCAGUGUUUCAGAUAUAAUCAGGUCCCAGUUCACAGACCAGUGGUACAGCCUGAAUGACGUGAAGUCUGGUCGUGUUCGUCUCAUACUGGAAUGGGUUCCAGCCGUAUCCCGUAGUGACAGGCUGAACCAGGUGAUGCAUCUGCAGGCUCUCCAGUCCUACCAGAACAAAGCGGUUCCCUCUGCAGCGCUGCUCUUUGUUUAUGUGGACAGAGCUCACUCUCUGCCCUUAAAGAAAAGUGGGAAGGAGCCCAAAGCUGGAGCGGAGCUUGUAUUUGGUAACAAGACCUACAAAACAAAGGUCUGUGAUCGCUCCAGAUCUCCACAGUGGAGCGAAGGAUUCCACUUCCUGGUUCGCAACCCUAAAGAGGAGAUGCUCAUCCUGAAGUUAUCCAGUGCUUGGGAUCAGCCCAUGGGAUCUCUGGUGCUUCCUGUGAGGGAGGUGGUUUCUGAACCACAGCUGGUCCUGGACCAGUGGAUGCAUCUGGAUGGAGCUCUGCCUGAAAGUCAAAUCCUCCUCAGGGCUGAGCUGAAGAUCCUUGACACGCGGAUGACAGAAGUCCCACAACUAUCUGGACCUGAUCCCAGAUCAGAAGUCCCAAAAGCAUCUGGACCUGAUCCCAGAUCAGAAGUCCCAAAAGCAUCUGGACCUGAUCCCAGAUCAGAAGUCCCAAAAGCAUCUGGACCUGAUCCCAGAUCAGAAGUCCCAAAAGCAUCUGGACCUGAUCCCAGAUCAGAAGUCCCAAAAGCAUCUGGACCUGAUCCCAGAUCAGAAGUCCCAAAAGCAUCUGGACCUGAUCCCAGAUCAGAAGUCCCAAAAGCAUCUGGACCUGAUCCCAGAUCAGAAGUCCCAAAAGCAUCUGGACCUGAUCCCAGAUCAGAAGUCCCAAAAGCAUCUGGACCUGAUCCCAGAUCAGAAGUCCCAAAAGCAUCUGGACCUGAUCCCAGAUCAGAAGUCCCAAAAGCAUCUGGAGCUGAUCCCAGAUCAGCAGUCCCAAUCACCCCAGCUAAAAAGAUACCAGAAGCAGCCAGUGAGGAGAAGAAAAACUCACACUUGCCAACUAAUAAGUCUCUGUCAGUAUCGGAGCAUCCUGCAGACUCCAAGGCUGAAGUUAAGACAUUUCCUUCUCCUGCAGAAAUGGGAGGACCAACGGAUGCUGAUGAGCCAGUGCAGUCUCACACAGCGGUUAAACAAGACUUUGAUCCAAAGACAACCCAGACAGAAGGUUCUGGUUUAAAAGAUCUAGCUCAGGCCACGUUCUCAGGUCUUCCCUCGGACCCUGUGGUGUCAGCAGAAGUUACAGGAACCCCCAAAGUGGCUCCAAGUCUUCCACCACACACAGCACCAGGCCCGCGGUUCGCUAAGGAGGGGGUGCUGAGGAUCCACCUACUGGAGGCCCAAGAUCUGGAAGCCAAGGAUAACAUGAUGGGUGGCAUGGUGAAGGGCAAGAGUGAUCCUUAUGUAAAGAUCCACAUAGACAAAGUGACAUUUAAGAGUCACGUGAUCAAAGAGAAUUUAAACCCAACGUGGAAUGAAAUGUACGAGGUGGUUCUAAGUGGGAGUGGCGAUCAAGACAUCAAGUUUGAAGCUUUCGAUAAGGACAUAGACGCUGAUGAUUUUCUAGGAAGGUUUGCUGUUAAGCUAAAUGAGGUCAUCAGAUCAAGGUACACAGACCAGUGGUUCAGUCUGAAGGACGUGAAGUCUGGACGAGUUCAUGUGAUACUAGAAUGGGUUCCUGCGGUGUCCAACACAGACAGGCUUGAACAGGUGCUGCAGCUUCAGUCUCUGCAGUCUUACCAGAACAAGGCUGUCCCCUCAGCAGCGCUGCUCUUCGUCCACUUAGAAGCAGCACAUUCACUUCCUCUUAAGAAGAGUGGGAAAGAACCCAAAGCAGGAGCUGAGCUGGUUGUGGGUGACACAGUCUACAGAACCAGCCUGUGUGAGCGGAGUGCCAAUCCCAAGUGGAACGAGUCUUUCUACUUCUUAAUCCACGACCCUAAGCGUCAGAUGCUUGUAGUGAAGCUGUCCAGCGGUUGGGAGCAGCCAAUGGGAUCUCUAGUGGUCACCAUAAAGGAGCUGUUUGCCCAACCACAGCUGGUUCUGGACCAGUGGUUCCAUCUGGAUGGAGCCACUCCUGACAGUCAGAUCUUACUGAGAGCGGAACUGAAGAUUCUGAAUUCCAGAAUGGUGGAUCUGAUUGGUGCGGGGACUCUGCCCUGUGCUGCUCCUGGACCUGGGAAUGGACAGGUGAAGCUGUCUCUUUCAUAUGCAGCAAGGGAGAAAAAGCUCCUGGUAGUUGUCCACGCCUGCAGAGGUCUGUCGUCACAGAGUAAGGACAGCAUUGACAGCUACGUCUCCAUCAUGCUGCUGCCAGACAAAAGUAAAGCCACCAAGAAAAAGACAGCUGUGAAGAAGAAGGACCUCAACCCAGAGUUCAACGAAAGGUUCGAGUAUGAUCUGCCAGAGGAGGAGACAAGAUUCAGGCGCCUGGUUGUGUCAGUGAAAAAUAACUCCGCCUCCUUCAGGAGCAAAGAUGUGGUUGGACAGGUGCAGAUCGAGCUGGCCCAGACUGACCUGAAGUCUGGGAUCACAGACUGGUUCACGCUGACUGAUGAAGCAGAAUAGUCGCCGUGCUCGCUGAUCUACAGCCAUGAGAGUUUCACCACUUAACCCGGCUCUCUGCUGCUACACACUGAUGCCUUCUUCUCCACACCUUUGCACCACUGCUGCAGUUUUCCUGCAUCCACCCAGCUCACUGUGUUAAGCAUGUAGUAUAAAGUGGAAAGCAUCGUCUUCACGUCUAUGAACCAAAGUUAUCAGGAUCAAGUGGUUAAGCCAGGAUGAUCACUUGCUGGGAAGCUAUAGUUAAAGAUGCAAUAUCAGUGUGAGUAAACUUAAAGAUGGAGCGGAGGUAGUUAAAGAUGAAGAAGUUCUGGAAGUUGAAUGUUCUGUUUGCAGUUCAGAAACAUAUUUAGAUGAUGAUGUUUUAUGUUUUAGUGUCGUUUCAGUGUUUUAGACCUUAUUUUGAUACAGGCCUUGGAGUAGAAUGAUAUAUAUGUUGGGGCACUUUGGUUUGUAGCUUUUGACAAUCCCAUAAAAGAUCAUUUUUCUAUGUUUAUUUUUUACAUUUGCUUUCACAAUCUUCUCCUUUAUGGUCUGUUUGUUUCUGUAUAUUUGAUCUGGCUGAAAACUGAUGAAAGAUGGAAACACAAAUAAACAGAUUUUGCAGCUUUUUA